AUGGAACAAGAUAUAUGGAAGCAAGAGAUGAAAGCAUUUUUACAUAAAGUUAAAAAAAUACCAUUAAACAAGCGAUAUUAUUAUGAUCAGUCAGUAUUGCACGGUGCACCACAAUUAAAAAAACGUGUAAAAGUACAGAAAGGUGGACAUGUUAUUCGUUAUGUAAAAUCAAAAGAGACACGCUAUAUUCUGCACGCAUGUAUUGGUAUUACUGGUCCAAUUGUGUUUGAAGUUACAAAGAAAAAUCUUAAUGAUCAUGAAGUUAAACGGUUUAUUGUACGAAAAAUUGUACCAAAAUUAAAAUUAGAUGAUGCAUUAGUCAUGGAUCGUCUGGGCUCAACUCGACGUGUAAAAAAUCCUCGUAAACAACAUUUUAAUCCUCUAACGUUAGCGGCCGUAAAAGAUGUUGGUGUAGAUGUAUUACAUUUACCAUUUAAAGGUUCAUAUCUAAAUCCAAUAGAACUGCUAUUUAGUGAUUUGAAAAAUAAUUUUCCUGUUACGAAAUAUUCACAUUAUCCAAAUAAUGAAAUGAAUAUUAGUAGUACAGCAAAACAUGUACAACAAUAUAUGAAUUAUGCGGCUCCACAACGUUGUCGAGGUUUUUAUCGAAGUCGUGCAAAUGGUAAAUCAAUCAUCAAUUGUGGCUUGUUGGAUUAG